AUUUGCUAAAAUUUGGUAUUGUUUGAUUAAGAAUUGUAAAAAUAACAUAAACUUUGUUAUAUUUAAUAAUUUAACAAUUAAUAACUAGAAUUUUCAAAAAGCCAGUUUAUAAAAACUACUUUUAUAAACAUUUUUAUUGCAUUUGAUAUGUCUACUAAUAAUGCUGUUAAGCGUUCAUAAGUAUAGGAAAUAGCUUUGCCUUCAGAAAGAAAAAGUUUUUUUACUUUGUUUCACUCUCCAAGUAGUACUGGAUAUAGUGGAGCAACAACUUCAGUAAAUUGGAUGAAAUAGAAAUUUACUUUUCCAUCUGAUAGAAUAUAAAAUAUUGAUACUGAAAAUAUGGCAGAACAUCAAAUUGAAUGUUCUCCUACCGCUUAAUUUUAGACUUAGAUAGGCUUUCAAAAUUCUUAAUUAUAAAGAGCUAACAGUUUCAGGGAGAUUCCAAAGACUCAAAAUUACAUAAAUGCAUAAAAAAGGCCUUUGACAAGAGAAUAAGAAUACUAAUUAUAUCCAGCUCUUAAAUAUAGAGAUUAUGCGAGCAAGAAUACUUACAUCAAAUUCACAAAUUACAGAACCAGCUCAAUAACUAACUUAAAUAAAGACUAAAAAGAAUUAUUAGAUUUUCAGCCUAAAUCAGCAAAUAACCGUUAGUUAAAUUUAGAUGAUUUACUAGAAGCUCAAAAUUAAAUGGAAAUAAAUACUGAUAAUAGUUCUUAAAAAAUAUAUGUUAAAAACUAAAAAGGGACAUCCCAAAUUAUUAAAAAUGAAAAAACUGCAUUUAGUACAGAAAAAAAGAAAAAACCAAAUAAAAAUUAAGGGAAAUAAUCAAAAAGUAAAUCAAAUCUGUAAAGCACAAUAAAUAGAUCAAAUAGUACUAAUUGCUUUACUCUCGAUAUCUAAAAACCAUUCUUUAUAGCAUCAAGGGCAUAAAUAAAUAGUUAACAGAAAUAAUUUUAAACAGAUUAAGUAAGCUUUAUACCUGAUCCUUAAAAUUCUGAAGGAGGAAAUCAAAUACAACAAACAUAAAUUUAAAACGAUAUUAAAUCUUAAUUAAACGAAAGUUAGAAACAAAAAUAUUUUAUCUCCAGAACAAGAUUUCGUAAUACAGAUGAAAAGCUAGUAGGUACUUAUAAAACUAACACUUCUUAAAGUUAAAAUUUAUUUGACUUGAAAUAAGUAUCUUAGUAGGUUCCAUAAAAAAACUUCAAUACAAAUUAAUCAGAAUAAAUACUGACUGAUGUAGAUAUAAGGCUUAUGAUGAUUUCUGCAGGAAUCGAUCCCCUCAAAGAUUACUUAUCAAGGAGAGCCAACUUUGGCUGCAAAUCAAUAUAUAAUCCAGAUUUAUUAAAUCACUUUGAAAGAAUUAGCUCAAAGAACCGAUAUUAUUCUUAACAGAAUCCCUCAUCUGAUAAUGAAAAAAAAUACUAAACUUAAAAGGAUGUUGAGGAGUACUACCAUCAUUUAGAGAGAUUUGACAAAGAGGGGAAUGAUGAAUAUUUUAUUCAGACUAGAAAAAAUGCAACGAAUUACAACAGAUUUCAUAUGUCUAAGCCAAAUAUCAGAAUGAGAUAUGAGUAAUAGCUAAAAAUAGCUAAUUAUUUAAUUACAAAAGCAUAAGAAGAAAAAUAAAAUAAUAUAUAAAAAUAUAUAUCUGCUCCUCCUAUACAAUAAAUAAUUUCAGAUUCAGAAAAUGAGACUAAAUAAAAUACUGAAAAUAAUUUAGUACACGGUUUACAUAAAUAUUUAUUAGCAAAAGACCUAAUUAAAGAAACUUGGAAAUAACUUUAGUAGCCAGAAACACCUAAUCCUAAUAAAAUUGUAUAAAUGUUAAACAAUAAUACAGUUUCUUCAUAGAGUUUUAGUGCUUUGCUAAAAGAAAAAAAUUUUAUAAAAAACUAAAUCUCAGCUAAAAGCUCACAGCCUGUAAGUAUGAAGAGUAUUGAUUUUGAUGAUACUAAGAUAAAUCAGUUAAAGUAAAAUGAAAACCCUAGCAACUAAUAAGAAAAGUUAGAAAGCUAGUUUAAGUUUUAACAAUUUAUUAUUGAUUAAGGCUUAUAAGAAAUGAACCACUAUGAUGAAAUAGUAAGAUGGUAUAAAUAAAGAUUUUCAGAAUUAAAUUAAUAGGGAAAAGAAGGCAGAAAUAAUUAAAAUACAGAAAAAUUAUCUUAAGGUAACUCAGCUCAAAAGUCUAAAAGUAAAAGCAGGAGCUAGAGUCCUAAAAACUAGAAUCUAUAAUUAAAAGAUUGCAAUAUUAACUCUCAAUAAACAAAUCUUCCUACUGAAUUGAAUGUGUAUACUCGAGAGGAUAUUUUUAUUAAAAAGACAAUUGAUAAAAUGAUAAACAGUGAUGAAAUUGAUAUUGUAUCACUUUCUGAUAUUGCAUAGUUGUAAAAAAUUAUUUAUUAGAGAUAAACUAUUUUACAAGAUCUAAAACAGAUAAUUAUUAAAUCAGUCAAUGAGAUAUUAGCUGCAAAGUUAAAAAAAACCAAGAAGAAAAAUAAAUCAAAUUCAUAAGAAUUUAGCGAAUAAUUUAAUAAAUAAAAUAGCACACUUGAUAGGUAGAGUAAGUAGUAAUUACACAGAAGCUAUUCUUCUUAAAAGCUUUCAAAUUAAAGUAAAAGUAUUAGAGUCUCUACAACUUAGUAAGCUGAAAGAAAAAAAAAGUAUAAACAAUAAAAUUCUUUGGGCUAUUAAGAUUAUGUCCAAUCAAAAAUGGAAAAAGAAUUUUUUAGCAAGCUUAAAAAAAAAACAAAAAAGGGAGAAAGUUCAACUUUCAUUACAGAUCAUCCAUAGUAGGAAGAUACUAAAAAAUUAUUACAAAACAAAAACGUAUUCAAAGAUAGUAUGAAGUAAAAUAAACUAGAAGUAACAGAUGACGUUGAUUCUAAGAAAGAAAAAGUUAACUAAAUUGAUUUGAAAUAAUUAAAAACUCAAACUCUUUAAAGUUAAGAAUCUAUUACCCCUUUGUAAAAAAAUGCAUCAUUAUCAUAAAGCACCCCAUUAAAUACACAAGGAUUCAAAAAUAUAACGAAGAUUUUAGAUGAAGAAUCUUAAAAUGAUUUCUUUGAACUUAAUUAAUAAGCAAAAUAAGAAAACUUUAAUAAUGACAACCAAGAAUAGUAAUAGCAAUCUAUUAGUCUUACAAAGAUAAAAAGUCAUCUACUAGAAUUAACUAAUAGUAAAUAAUAGAAAUAAAUUAUUGAUUCUCAUGAUAAAUAACAGAAAUAAAUUGUUGAUUCUUUUGAUAAUUAAUAGAAAUAGAUGGAUAAUUCUCUAGAUAAGUAAUAGAAAUCAGUUGUUGAUUCUUUUGAGGGAGAUAAAAAUAAAGAUAUUAAAAUUUCUCAAAGCAUAUAAAGUGAACCAAAGCAAUCUUAAAAAUCUUAACAAUCUAAUACUUAGAAUGACUCUAUUCCAGCUAUUGACAGCAUUAACUCAAUUAAAGAAGCAGAAGAUUAAAUAGUUUAUGAUGAAAGUAUGGAAAAAAAUAUUUCUUUGAGUUAAGUUUCAGAAAAAUCUUAACAGAGUGAUGUCAUAAUACCAUCAUUUAGCAUUUUUAGAUAAGAGUCCCCAAUAAAACAGCAUGAGCCCAUAAAUAACAUUAUUAGUUUAUCUUAAUAGAAAAUAAGAUUCAAGAAUUCAUAUGAUUAUAUUUAGCCACUUAUUGAGGAUUUAGAUGAAAAUGAGUCACCAAUUAAUUAAGUUAACUUAAAAAAAAACUAAACAUUUGAAAUUUAAUUAGCAUAAUAAAACUCCUAGAGUACUUAGAAAUCUAUAAUUAUGUUGAAUGAAGAACGCAUAUCUUUAAGCAAGUUUAAUCCUCUUUAUGCAUAAAAGGAUUCUAUGACAGAUUUGCAAUAAUCAGACGAGUAAAGUAAAAAAAAUAAAAUUCCAAGCAUAAUGAUAUCUGAUUCCUUGGUACAAAUAAGAAAUAACUCUAUUGUUGAUGAUAGUUUCAAGUUAAACUAAGAAGAUAAAUUUAGUGAGUAUUCAUCUCUUAGUUAGGCAGAAGUAAAAAGAAAUAGAGAAGUUAAGUAAAGUUAGCAAAUACUUAUGGAUGCUUUAAAAUAAGCUGAUAUUGGAUAGUAAAGAGUAAAUACUCCUUCUUUAUUGGAAUUACCCAAAUCAAAAAAUUACAUAACUUUAUCGGCAAAUAAAGACUCCCCAUAAUUAAAUUCACAAAGAUCUAAUUAAUCUUCUAGGUCAAAUUUGGAUUCCCCACAACUUUCUGCUGUACCUGACACUUAAAGAAGUAUCUAAUCAAAAACUGAAUACGAAAAAGAAAAACUAAGUUAAUUGAUGACACAGCAGCAAAGACUUAACAAAAAGAAAGCUAUCAAAUCUAGCCAAAGAAUGCACUCAGAUGCUUCAAAAGUUUUAAAUUUAUAGCAAGCUAAAUUGGCUAUGGCCUAACAAUUUAAUGCUUAACAGGAAUUCAAUCAUUUGGAAACUUAAUCAAUCAAUACAAGAAAUGAGAAAAUAACUGAGUUCUUUGAAAUGGCUGACAAAGUCAUUGCAACAAAAGCAACUCUUAACAAACCUGGAGGCUAUAAUCCAUUUUUUAAUGAAGAAUAAGCUGAAAAAAUGAUAGAAAAAUUAAAUAAAUCUAGAAAUAGAAUCGAUAGUAAUGAAAACGAAUUAAUCAGUAACUUAAAAGAAAGAGUUGCAACUCUUGAAGAUGAAAAUACAAAUUUGAAGAAUUUAUUGAAUGAAAAAGAAAAUAGAGAACAAACUUAAUUUGAUUAAGAAUAGAAUCAAACAGAAAUAUAUGGUAAAGAUCAAAAUUCAUCAAAUAUCAAGAAUGAUACAGAAGUAAGCUCUCACGAGGAAAAAAACAACUAGAAUGAAGCAAUUUAAAGUAUUAAACAAUAAGUGAGAUUUGAUGUAUAAAAUGAAAAUGAAUCUGAUGAACAAGAUUAAAAGCAAAAGAAUAAAAAAUAAGAAUUGGAUUAAUCCUAAUUAUAUUCAGGAGAUCUAAGCAUUGGUUUGGAAUAGGAAUCAAGUGUUUUUGCUAGUGAUUUAAAGUCUUAAAGUCAAAUAUCUUUGACAAGAUUACAAAGCCAAACAAAUUUGAAAGAUGAGAGCAAAAAAAAGUUUUUAUAGAAAAAGAAUAGUAUAAAUACUAACAAUAAUAAAUAAAAAAGCAGACCUACACUUGUAAAGACAAAUACCUAAAAUGAAUUUAAGAAUAAAGAGGGAUAGAAAUUAAGAUAAUCAAAUAGUAUAAUAUCUACACUGCAACACUAAAAAUCAAUGAGUAGUUACCCAUAUUAACAACAGCCAUCAUUAAGUUAUCUUGAUGAGAACCCCUCUAUUAAUAAAAUCCUUACUUAACAUAACCUAUCUGAUAUUCAAAAAUUGGUUGAUUAAAAGUUUCAGAAUAAAAAAUCAAUAGCUUAAGGAUUCAGUGCAGCUUCUUUAUUUUAAAUUGUGAGUGAGUCUUUUGUAGAACUAGAGGAGUAAGCAAAUAUUAUGAAAGAAUAAGACUCCAAUAUAUUUUCAUUUAAAAAGAGCGUUUCUAACCUUAAAUCUUCAUAAAGAUUAAUAAAAGCAAAAAGUUUUAAAAACACAGCUUAAAGAGGAGCACUAAAAUAAAGUGCUAUUAAUGAAAUACUAAAUGAAUACAGAAUAAAUGAUAAGAUGAGUCUAAUUGAAAAAAGAAAAGUUAUUUAAAAGCUAGUUGAUAAAUUAGAAUAAAGAGCAGAUAUAGAAGAGGACUAGAAUUUUAAUUUGAUAUUGUACAAGUAAGUUUAAUAAGAAAUGUAAUUCAUAAGUUUAAGAGAAUCUUGUGAGCCUGAGUAAAUCUUAGAACAAAAACCAAAUCUUUAAUAAGAUUUAUCUUUGCUCGAUUAAGUAGACAAAAAUAAAAGAGAUUUUAUGAGAGCAAGACUUAAAUUCAGUGAUAAUUUAAUAUUGAAUCAGAAAAAUAAUAUCUUGUAAGAAGUAAAUGAAGAAGACCUAGAUAUAGACAAUGAAUUUAUGGAUGUAAUUUAAAGAUUAGUCAAAUAAAAUGAGGAUUUAGAGGAGGAAAUAAUAAGAAAAAAAAUAUUUUAAGACCAAACUAUAAUAAUACAAAGGGCUAUAUAAACUAAUUAAAACUUAGCUCCUGUUGUUGAAGAUAUUUAACAAAUUGCACUCUAAUAAUCUCUAAUACAGUUAAAGCAAAAUAAAAAGAAAAAUUUAUAAAAUAAUGUACAUACAUUUAUGAGAUAGCCUACAAAAUUCUAUAGCCCUUCUAAGAAGAUGUCAAAGUAAGAGCAAGAAGUAUUUAAUAAAAUGCAAAAGUUAUAAGAAAAAUUCUAAAAAGCACUUAACAUGAUGAGCAAAGAAGAAAAAAAGGAAUUAAAAAAUGUUUAUCUAAAUAUAAAAUACAGAGCAGAAUCUAGGUGA